AUACCAAGUCCUGAUGAGGGAUUUGAAGGAAAAUCUCUUUAUGAAAGCUGGUAUGAAAAAAAUCCAUCAAGAGAAUAUAAAGAGGUCCCCAGAAUAAAUAAACUGGGUUCUGGCAAUGACUUUGAAGUCUUUUUUCAACGUCUUGGCAUCGCUUCAGGCAGAGCACGUUACAGUAAAAAUUGGAAUGUAGAAAAAUAUAGCAGCUAUCCAGUUUACCACAGUGUCUAUGAAACCUAUGAAAUUGUGGAGAGGUUUUAUGAUCCCACUUUCAAGAAUCAUCUGACAGUAGCUCAGGUACGGGGAGGGCUGGUGUUUGAAUUGGCCAACUCCGUCGUGCUUCCUUUCGACUGCAGAGAUUAUGCAUCAGCUGUGAGCAACUAUGCUCACGUCAUCUAUAACUUGUCAAGGAGUCAUGAAGAGGACCUGGCAACAUACAAUGUGUCCUUUGAUGCUCUUUUUUCAGCUGUGAAGAAUUUUACAGAAGUUGCUGCUAACUUUCAUGAAAGACUACAACAAAUUGAUAUCAAUAAUGUACUUGCUGUCAGAUCACUAAAUGAUCAGCUCAUGUUUCUAGAAAGGGCUUUCAUCGAUCCUCUUGGAUUACCUGGCAGGCCAUUCUAUAGACAUGUUAUCUUUGCUCCAAGCAGCCACAACAAGUAUGCAGGAGAAUCAUUCCCAGGGAUCUAUGAUGCCAUGUUUGACAUUAAAAACAAAGCUGAUCAACAUGAAGCCUGGGAAGAAGUUAAAAGGCAGAUUUCCAUUGCAGCCUUCACUGUACAGGCAGCAGCAGAAACACUGAAGGAAGUAGCUUAA